GCACAUGGGCAAUCUGCCGUGUCUUUGUUCUUCUUUCUUUGGAAGGGAAGGGAAGGGAAGGGAGGACGAUGAACACUAGGUGCGUUUCAGGGUGUCUGCAGGAUGUGGAGGCACCCAUCAGGGUGAGCUUCAUGAAGCUGUACCAAUGGCCGCACUCCGAUGCGGAGUUUCUGAAGCUCAUUAGCGCGAGGGAGGAGAAGAGCACGGGCGGCAACCCUCGGGCCUCGUGGAAGGGUCGUGAGAGCUACGCCUCCAGGCAGAUGUACCUGAGGAGCUACACCUUCUGCAGGAAGGAGGAGACUGUUGCGGAGAAGACCAGGAAGUGGCUGAGCGAGAAGAAGAAGAUGAAGGGCAGGAAGGAGAAGAGGAAGGGAGGUCCCAUGGAGGUGGUGGCCGUCGUGAAGAGGGUGAAGGACAAGUCUGUGUCUGGGGUGUACUCCGUGUUUGAGGUUGUGUUUGAGUGCCUCUUCUCUUGUAUGGCUCGGGUGGAUGUGGUGGAGUUCAAAUGAGGGGGGUUGUAGGGAUGGGCAAGAACCAAGUUCAAGUUCCUGACUUAUGUACUUUAUCCUAUAUGGAAGAAGGAAAAGAUGGGUUUUCUUCUCUC